GCACUCACGUUCAAUGCUGAGCACAAGUCUGAAAAGCGCAGAACGAAAGCUGGGACUUCCAUGGAAACCUUCAAAAGCGUUGGGAGUUGGGAGUUGGGUCCUCGAGAUUGUAGAAUGGGAAAGUGCUAUGGCGGCUUUUCUUGUCUGAAGCCAGCAGGCCAUUCAGGAGUUUACUAGCGGGCAUUUUAUCAUGGCAAGCGCAGGGAUCUGCAGGACUCCGGCUGGCCGAACCUCCUGCUUCUGCGGUUGGGAGAAUUCCACUUACACCAGCAGGCUUGCAGCACAACCUGCUAGUGGCGGGGUCGUUGUGUCGGGUUUCCUAACAAGAGUGCCCGCCUCUUUCCGACGGAGCGGCCUUUUGAGUUCUGGCUGCCUCGGGCCUUUGAAAAGGUUGCAGAAGCGUUGCGAUGCUCUUGAGCGGUUCAACAAUGUGAGGGCUGGGGCCAAGAAGAAGGCGGCUUCGAAAUUGGUCGCUUCCGCCAAGAAGGGCAGUGCAAAGGGGACAGCUGUUUUAGAGGUAGAAAAGGAGGAGGCCGCACCGCAACUAGAGAAGGCGGAAAGUGCGGAGGAGGACGACUUGGGAGACGGCUUCGAGAACGAAGAAGAGGCAAAGGCGUUUGCCGCCCAGUUCGCCGACUUCUUUGAAGAAGACGACUCUGAAGAAGAUGACAACGAAAACGAAGAGGGUGGUAACGAGUAUGAGGAGGAAGAGGAUGGGCCGGUUGAAAUCGAUUGGGAGUACGGGUCCGACCUGGGGUCGAAGCUGGGGGAGGUGUUUGACCCCAUCGAUCUUGGGAUUGGAAAGGAGUGGCCCAAGCCGUGGGCUGAAGUUCCCGAGACGUACAAUUGGUCAACCCGCACUGCGGCGCGCAGGGAGGAGUCGGCCAAACUGCACCGCAUCGACAUGUCGUAUCUAAAUGCGGACGAGGAGCGGAAGGAGCGGCUGAAGCAGAAGCGCAAACUGCGAGAGAAGGGCCUUCUACGGACACGGUGGGAUAACGAGAAGGAGGUCUUCAAUGACAACGAGUUGCUCAGCGUUAACGGUCGAAUCAUUCGUGGCCCCGAGGACGCAUGGGCGGCUUGGAUGGCGGACCGUGGGCGUGACGACAUCCUCGGCGAGACGGACUGGAAGGCGCUCGGGAUCGAGAAGCCGCGUCCCGUGACGUUCGCGGAGAAGCUCGGGAAGGUGACGAGGGCCGAGGCGCAGCGGCGGCGGAAGAAGGCUCGCGUAGACCCGAACCAGGAGGAGUACCUGCACAAGAGGAUACUGGAUGCCAAGACUAUGGACGAGGUUUUGGAAGCCAUGGAGGCCGCCUUCGACGAGGCGGGCAUCAGCUACUCGGGUCAGGUGGAACGUGACUGGGCCCCCAUGGGCGCUCUUUCUUCGGUCAACAUCGCAAUGGCGGUGCACAGAGUUGGGCGGUUCGCAUUCCGGGAGGGGCUGUCGAGGAAAGACAAAAUGUCGCUAUUGCGACAAGCGCCCGUGCAACGGCUGUUGCGGAUGGCGUACGAGGUGCUCGGCAGGUGCGACCCCCAAGGAGUGGCCAACAUGGCUUGGGGCCUCAGCCGGCUGGCCGGCGCGGGCCUUCUUCCUUCCGACUACCUCGACGAAGUUGCGAAGCAGGCCAUCCGGAGACUGCGCAAAGCACGCCCGCAGCACCUGGCGAACUUGGCGGGCGCAUUCGCGAGCCUGAAUCAUGCGGCGCCGCUGCUGAUGGACGGCGUUUUGGUGCAUGCAUGCGCGAGGGGGGUUGCGGCGUUCAGGCCCCAGGAGGUCGCCCAGAUUGUGUGGUCGUGCGCGGUGCUCAACCACUCACCCACCAAGUUCCUCGACGAGAUCGACGCCUGGGUCGCGGAGCAGACCGCCAAGUUCGAGGCUGAGAAACUAGAGUCGCAGCAAACGACCGGCGCCCUCCGCGGGUCGCUCCCUUGGCGGGAGUACGAGGACGAGCCGUCGUCUACAAAUCCUGAAACCCUCGACUCUAGUUCCAAGUCCUUAGAAACUGGUGAAAUCGAGAACGGAAGCGGUAGGGAGGAUAAGCCCUCGUUCUUGGAGGCCCGCGCGAGUGUUAGUCAGGGCGCUUCGGACAGUUCGCAAAGCGAGAAGCUCCGGACGUCCGACGAGACGGUAUCCACCUCUAGCGGGAAGUCCGCCCUGCACGCGCUCUCGGCGCAAGUCGACGAGUUGGCCGGGAAGGUGAACGAGCUCGCGGCGUCGCUGCGGCCUUCGGACGGCCCGACUUUGGCGUCCGAAAGCGGAUCCGGGGCGUUCGAUAGCUUAUCUGGACAGUCCGAAAGCGGAUCUGGGGCGUCCGAAAGCGAAUCUGGAGCGUCCGAGGCCUCCACGAGCGCGCGCCCGUCCUUUACCCAAUUCUUCGGCCUCGGCGCCGGCAACCCGUUCGCCGAGUACGGGGCCCUCCACGUGGCAAACCUGGCGUGGGCAUAUGCCGUGCUGGGAGAGACCCGGCGCCCGGCGUUUGCGCGGAUUUGGGAGGAGGUCGAGCGGAAGCGCUCGGUCGCGUUCGAUGAGAAGAUGAUGUCACAGCUGUGGCAGGUGCACUUGACACUGAAGCUGGAGGAGCAAGACCUGAACCUGGAUUUGGAGCCAGCGCUGCUGAAGCAGAAGGCGGAGCAGGUGUGGAACGCGGAGAAGGACGGCGAAAAGACGGUGUCCACCUACCAGUUGGAACUGGAGCGCGCUCUGAGCGACAUGGGCAAGCAGUUCUCGGCGGAGUACACCGACGCCGAGUACUCCAUCGACGUGGCCAUUCCGGCGGAACGGAUUGCGUUCGAGGUCGACGGGCCCAGCCAUUUCGCGCGCAACACCGGCACGCCGCUCGGGGCGACGCUGCUGAAACGGCGCCAUCUGGCGGCCAGCGGUUGGACGGUGCUGCCCAUCAACUUCAACUACUGGGACACUUUAAAGGGGGAGAAGGAGCAGCAAGGUUACCUCAAGCAACUGCUGCGAACCGCAAAGGACAAGGAACGGGCGAACGACUUUGUUGUCAAGCGGUGAUCACCGGGCUUCGCAGGUUCCCUCUCGUGUUGUUAAAGUUGUCCUCAGGAAGUUCGUCGCAGGAACGACCGUUGUGGAAAUCAUACAUGAUGUUGCUAAGCAUAUGAAAGUUGGUGCGGUUCUCGAUUCAGGGUGUG